AUGGUUCCAAGGAAAAAGGAAUCGUUCAGUUCUGAAGAUUGGACAACGGGUGAUAUGGUAUUAUGUAAAGUCGGUCGUUAUGAUCCGUGGCCAUCAAUCGUUUUUCCAAGGCAGUUUUUAAGUAAAGACGUAUUAAAACGAGCAAAGCCAGGAAGAAUUUGUAUUUGCUUCUUUAAUGAUCCAACUUACUAUUGGGCUAAUCCGGAAAGACUAGAUAAACUGACACCAGAAAUAAUAAACAAAUAUUUGCGUAAUUUUACAAAGAGUGAAGAACCACGUACUGAUUUACUUCUUGCUUACAAGCAUGCAAAAAAGUAUAAUGGAUUAGAAUCAUUCAUUAGAAAUCGAUUAAAAGCAGAAAAGCGUUUAAAUAUUUUAAAAGGAUAUGAUGUUAUACUUGAGCACGAAGAUCCAUUCAUAAUAAAUAAGCCUAAAAAUAACGUUGUAAGUAAUAAUACCAAUAUUAAACAGACUAAUCCGAGAAAGAAUUCUAAAAUUAUUGCUAAGAAUGAUUCUUCAAAGGCAAUAACUGAAUUUCAUAUGGAUAAGGAAUUAUAUGCAGUUCCACGAACCAAAAGAAAAUAUACCAGGAGACAAAAUAUGCAUAUACCACAAGAAGAAAAGCAAGAAAUUAUAAGUGAAAUUAAUCCUGGAAUGUUAACUGAGUCUGAACCACAACCAAUAAUAACGGAGGUACCUGUAACACCUGUUAUCAAAAGAAAAAGGGGGAGACCACGUAAAAUCAGGCCUGAAGAAAAUAAGUCAAAUAUCCCUACACUAAUUAUUUCAUCUUCUGAGGAGCUAAAUAAACCGGUUAGAGAAGUCUCAGAAGGAAAAGCACAAUCUAGAAAUUUACAAGGGCAAAGCAUGCGAGGUAAUCGAUUAUCAAAUCCUAUUACUCUUGGAAAUUCAGCUCAUAAAGUUACUAAGCCAAUUAUAAAGCCUAAGCCAGUUCCUAAGCCUAUGUGGGAUAAUAAACGGAAGUUAGAAAUCGCAAAUAUAUUCAGAAGAAGGCUGCAACUUCUUUUGGUACAAAGAGAUUCAGUACCUUUACAGAAUGAAAAAGAUGAAGCACACAGGCUUCUCGCAAAAAUGAAAGAAAAUACAAAGGAUAUAUCACCCAUAUUUGAUCGGGAAAGUGUUACAGUAAGUCAAGUAGGUCAACUCCUUAAUGUAAUUACAACUAUAAAUGACUUGUCAGAAUACCAUAACGAUUGCAAAAUACUUUUGCAGUCUUGGUCCAACUAUACUUAG